CUGAGACUACUUCAACUGUUAAAGUGCGGCUUUUGUAAGUGCGUAACAUUGGGAAAUCUUAUAUUUUGGAGAGUAAACAUAUCUGCUUAAGCAAAAUGGCUUCUUUCAGGGGACUUGUUAUUCUUUUAUUGGUGAACUUAGUUUCAAAGUGUGUCUUCUGACCGACUUACCGGAGCGCUCAGAAUAAAGUUUCACAUGCACUUUAUCCUGAAGCAGCACAGCGCGCUACUGGAAUCAGAAAUGAAAGCAGGACCAACACUAUUUUGCGCAUUUCUCUUUAGAAAGUAUUUCAAAUGGCUUGAUACACGAGUCUUUUCUCGCUUUUGAUCUGCGGCUGUGACAGAUAACAACGCGCUCGGACGGACUUUGGUUACCAUUACGCGCAUUUUACAUUUGGAUAGGCGACUGAAGCUCCAAGCCAGACACACUUGGGACUCCGGAGAACACCGCGGGACAACACCAUGACCAGCUGCUGGCUCGCCUUGGUCGGAUUGUGGUGGAGCGCUUAUUACUGCACGUUCCUGGUCGCGGGGAGUAAUUAUUCACUGGAUGGAAACAACGAAGUGCACCCGGGUUUCAUCCACCGGCGGCUGCGGACGCACGAGAAGCGGGAGAUGCAGAAGGAGAUCCUGUCCAUCCUCGGGCUGCCGCACAGACCGAGACCGCAUCUGUCACACGGGAAGUACAACUCCGCUCCACUUUUCAUGUUGGACUUGUACAACACCAUAUCUAGCGAGGAGAAAAGCCAAGUGGAAAGCAUGCUGGACCGAUAUCAGACCAUGCGGACGACCCAGAAUCCUCUUCUGGCCACAUAUCAAGAAACUGCCUUUCUAAAUGACGCAGAUAUGGUGAUGAGCUUCGUUAAUCUAGUGGAGUACGACAGGGAGCUCUCUGCGCAGCGGCGUCACCACAAGGAGUUUAAGUUCAACCUCUCACAGAUCCCAGAGGGAGAGGCCGUCACUGCAGCAGAGUUUCGCCUCUACAAGGAGUGUGUGAGCCGCGCCUUCCGCAAUGACACCUUCCUACUCAAAGUCUACCAGGUGGUCAAGGAGCACCCUGACAGAGAGGCAGACCUGUUUCUGCUGGAGUCUCGCAGGCUGUGGGCAUCCGAGGAGGGCUGGCUGGAGUUUGACAUCACUGCUACCAGCAACCUGUGGGUGAUGAGCCCGGUGCACAACCUGGGCCUGCAGGUCAGCGUGGAAUCGAGCAGCGGGCAGAGCAUCAGCCCUAAAGAGGCGGGGCUCGUGGGACGUGACGGUGCGCUGGAGAAGCAGCCUUUCAUGGUGGCGUUCUUCAAAGUCAGCGAAGUGCAUAUCCGCACCGCCCGCUCCACUGGUGGAAAGCGCCGCCAGCAGAACCGCAACCGAUCCACACAACCACAGGAGGGAUCCAGAGGGCCGGGUCCAGCAGAUUACAACAGCAGCGAUCAGAAGACAGCAUGCAGAAGACAUGAGCUCUACGUCAGCUUCAGAGAGCUGGGCUGGCAGGACUGGAUCAUAGCUCCUGAAGGCUACGCAGCCAACUACUGUGAUGGAGAGUGCUCCUUCCCCCUUAACGCCCACAUGAACGCCACCAACCACGCCAUAGUGCAGACACUGGUGCACCUGAUGAACCCCGAGAACGUACCGAAGCCAUGCUGCGCCCCCACCAAGCUCCAUGCCAUCUCAGUGCUCUACUUUGACGACAACUCCAACGUCAUACUGAAGAAAUACAAGAACAUGGUGGUACGGGCCUGUGGCUGCCACUGACAGACAUUGAGGGAAGAUAACGCUCGAUUGAAAGUUGGGUUGGUAAAGGGCUGCAACUGCACCAGUAACUCCUGGGUGAUGCUGACCUCAACUAGACACCAGCUUCCCGCCCAAAUCCUCAGCUUGCAAGGGACGUCCACCCUGAAAGAUCAUUAGCAUGUUCUAUUCCAAAAAUCUUGGGAAAGUUCAAAACAUCCAUCUAUUAACAUGAACAUUCGUCUUCACCAAACUGAGAGAGGACCAUUGUAAAAAUGACACCAUGCGGGUGUCACCUAAAGGCAACUUCACUCCACUCCAGUGUUGAGCCACCAAGUUGUCACCUUCUCUAUCAACUGUGGAGUGGAUUUUUCCCUUCAUGGGUCUGCUGAAUGACUGUGUGUGUGUGGGGAGGAUGGACUGUUUAAGUUUGUAUAUUAUGUGUUUUAUGGAAGUGCGUGUAUGAACGCCUCAGAGGCUACUGCACCCUCUCCCUCACUGACAGGGCGAGGGGAAUACUGAACUGUUGUGGGACCAGUUCGAGCGCUGCUUUCCUUCCCUUCUCUGACAAAAAAACAAAACGGUGUAUGAGUUCUCAGAAGAGCCUCCAAUAAUCACUGAAUGAACUGAUUACCAACUUCUCUACAGCGCAUGACCCUGGAGAGUUAACUCAGUCUUAACCGUAAAAACAGUCAUCAGUGACUGGUCAUAUGACCAGCUAGAUGGGAAAAUACACACCUAGUUUCCUUUGCAGUGCAAAUGUUAACUCAAACAAUCUAUUACUAAAUGAAUGAUACAUUGGAUUUAGUAGAUUCAUAUUUCCUUCCUCUUUCCUAAUGUAUUUUCUUCUCAAGCCAUAUUUGCCCUCCUAAAAUAUAUUAUGGACUGAACCAAAGUGACCGCAGGCUAUUUUAGUAGUGAACUUCUCCAAAUAUCCCCUCCGUGUCAAUAUUUGCCAGGCUCACGCUGAGCUGCGAUUCACCAGACUGGUUCAACAUGAUGCAUGUUGUGGCUAAACUGGUGUUUUGCUCCAAAGAACUGAAGAAUACAGCCUUAUCCCUCAGACAUACCGCAAACGGCCAUUUCCAUGUUGCUGCACUCGCAAAGUUAACAAACGUUUCCACCCCUGACAACCCAUCAAGAGAUUGUGGAAAAACAUUUAGCGAGUCAAAAAAAGCCGGCCGAACGGCUUUUGUGCCAGCUCUCUGAAAUUAGCCCUUUGCUUUUUCAACCCUGAGGGUAGAAUUAUGUGGAGAUGUGUGUCUGGUGGCAACGUCUUUCCAAUUGAACGUUACUGUGAGCUUUGAAUGACAUGGAUUUGUUUUAGAGAACGUAUUUUAAUGAAAAACUAAUAAGAAUCUAAAUACCUUAUGUGCCUAACCAGUCAUAAAUUACAAAAUAUACCUCUGGUAAGCUGCUGUUUACAUUUGUGAUCAUGUUUAGACUGUUUUUGUAAAUACUUGUACAUUCUCAGCUUAUUUAUUUCACCUUUUAUCGAAAAGAAAAAUCACAUACCUUAUUAACAGACAGAUGCAAGAACAAAAUGGAAAUACAAACUUAUUUUUGAAAUUUUUUUAUUAUGAAACCUCAUGUUACAAUAACUUGCCAUUAUUCACUCUUUUUGUACAAAAAUCCAUGGGUAGUGCACAACCCAUGACUCACAAGGAAAAAAAUACUUCUGUCACUGGAGUUCCUUAGACCAUGUGCUAUCCAUAAAAACUUUUACUGACAUAAAAA